UCAACACCGAAUCCUAAACAUCUAGACAUCACCGUACGCCGCAACGGAGACUCGAAAAGUCGAACUCUGAUCGCCGUUGUUCUUCCAUUUCUCUAUCUCAAAACUGAUUCCUUCCAAUUUCUCAUCGACAAAACCUAGGGAUUCGAAUUCUGAUUCCCGGAGUUUUCAUGUGAAUUCAUCUUCCAUCCAUUUUUAGGCGGUUAUUAGGGUCUGCUCUGCGAGAUUACAAUAAAUGGAGGACCUGCCUCUUCCGUCAAUUUUCGAACAAGCGAGGAAGAUUUAUGACGCAGCAACUGAGUCUGCGUCGGAUCAGGAUGGUGUGAGGAAGGGUUGUGAAGCAUUACGGAAGUGCGAGGAUAUGAUUGGGAAGUUGGGCUUGUUCUCAGUUAACGAGACUAAGGAGGAUAUCAGCACCGGAAAUCUGAAAUAUAUUAUGGUGCCAUUUUAUCUUGCUGAGUUGACUGAGAAGAUUGCACAAGAUGACAGGAUAGAGAUCCUUAAGGCUUCCCAGGCAAAAUUAAAGGAGUUCAUAGCAUUUUGUGAAACUAUGGAACUGGUGCCAAAAGAGGAACUCGAAACAUCUACUGAAGGAAAUUCCCUUGCAGAUCGAAGGGCUCGGAAAAUUGCAAGGUUCAAACGUCAAAAGGCUGCUGAGUCAAAGUUACUUGAGAUAAAGGAGCGAAAAGAGCGCCGUGGGCGUUCAAGCAAAGCAUCUGCUUUGUCUGCUCCUAUAGAGGCUGGAGAGGAGGAUGUGCUGGAAGAUGAUGGAGAGGAAGAGCGAGAGGCUUGGCUUACGACCAUCACUUUGGCUAUCUGCAAGGCUUUUGAUCUACUAGAGAUGCUGAAGGAGGAGGAAGAGAUGCUCUCUUCCAUCAAGGAAAUACAAGAAAAGGAUGGGGACAAGAACUUAUCUAGAGAGAUUCUUGAUGAUCGUAUGAAAAGAGCAGAAGAUUGGCAUCGUGACGGGGUCGUGAGAGCAAGAUAUUCAAAACCAGCGCCACCAAUCACUUGUGCAACGUUUGCUCGGGAUGUUUUAGAAGGGAGAGCAAAUGUGUCUGAAACACAUGAUCACAAACAUCAGCCUCUCAUAUUUGGACCAGCAAGUCUUGUAAGUGGACCCCUUACGAGUGAGAGGGAGAGGUUGGCUGCCCAGGUUUUCCAACCUGGCUUUAGGAUGCCAACCAUGAGCAUCGAGGACGCAGGGCUGAGGGAGAUGGAAAUGAUGAACAAAUGGCAAGAGAGGACUGCUAAGUUCAUAGAAGAAGCAAACUCCGCAUGGUAUAAGGAUGAAACUCGAAAACCAGGGCAAAGUGAGGAUGCCGAUGACGAAGACGAUGAUGCUGCCCAGGAGAAGGCCAGAGCAUGGGAUGACUGGAAAGACGACAAUCCUCGAGGUGCAGGCAAUAAGAAGCUUACGCCCUGUGGGUAGGAGGAACUGUAACCAGAGAUUCCGAAGUUCUAUGGAUUCGAGAUCCGAUUAUUAUACCAUGUAACGGAAUCCUUGUUCAUGAGAGGUUGAAAGUAGAGUUGGGGUGUAGUUUGAUUGUUUCUUAUCGUAGGAUGGAUGAUAACUUCUGUACGGUGCUACCUACCUUUAGUUCGUUAUCAUUCAACAAACCAGAUAAAUUUUCCAUUGAUUGCAAAGUCAACAUCCAAUCA